AUGAUUUUUGGAUUCUUUGCUUUGAUACCGACUUUGAUUUCAGCAGAAACCACAACUAAUGAAGUAACCAGAGAUUAUUGUUCUCUUCCUGAUGCAAUCUAUGCAGACGGAGUCUCUGCUGCAGAUUUUGGAGCUACUGGAUGGAAUUAUGCUAACGUCGCUAACUGGGCAGAUUUGGUUGUAACAUGUGGUGGCAGUUUCCAAUCACCCAUCGACAUAGUAACGACUGGAAGUACCUAAGAACCUGUCUAGCCUCAAAUUCACUAUAGAAGCAAGGAUGCUAGUGUGGGAUAUGAAGAAGCAAACAAGCCAUACACCAAAGAAUAUGAAGGAGAGUAUUCAGAAAUCGAAGUUACAGAUGCCUCUGGAUCAGUUAUCCGCUAUUAUGCCAAACAAUUCCACAUCCACACUCCAUCUGAACAUACAAUCGAUGGAAAAUAUUAUGAUCUGGAAAUCCAUUUUGUCCAUCAAGCCAUCCAAGAUAGUGAAUAAGACUGUAACACAGUGAAAAACAAACUUACCGUUUUUGGAUUAAUGUUCUAAGAAUCUUCAAGUGCCACCGACUAUGAUGCUUUUAAGCCGUGGUUUGAUUCCAAUACUACCGGAGAAGUGGAAUCUUUCGAUUUGAAUGAUUUUUUCUCCAAAUUGUCAGAUGCUACAUAUUAUCAUUAUAAUGGAAGUUUAACCACACUUCCAUGUUCACAAACUGUAAAUUGGGUAGUAUUCCAACAACCAUUGCCAAUAAGCACAGCCUAGCUUAAGCAAUUUUAGGAUUACCUUGCUGACUCCACCCUUUUCCCGAUCAAACACAACAAUAGGCCCAUCUAACACUUGAAUGGUAGAAAGAUAUUGAAAGGAACUGCAAUCACCUCAGGUGUAACUGAAAUACAAAAUCUAGAAGCAUCAUUUGCUCAGACAGUUGCUAUGGCUAUUCUUCUAGUUAUUUUGAUUUAAUGAGACAAAAAAUAUAUUUUUUAAUCAAUAUAAAUAUUUUAAUUAACCCAAUUCUAACA